GCCAAACUUCCGCCACAGAACCAGAAGCAAAGGCGAUGAGCUGCCCACAGAAACUGAGUCGGCGCUUCUUUCCCCUGACGGUGGAGAAGCUGCCUCCCGACGAAGAGAAACGGCUUCAGGAGAAGGGGUUCCUCGGCUACACCAAACUCGUGCGGACGAACCCUUCUUUGGUCCAUAUACGGCCUGCGUACGCUGACCUGGCUGAAACCUACUACAACUUCGAGUUCCGUCCUGACGACACGGUGUUGCUGACGUUCCCCAAGAGCGGAACCACGUGGCUGUCGGAGGCGCUGUGGGCCGUCAGGAACCUCGGGCAGCUGGGCCAGGCGGACGAGGCAGACAUCGAUGAGAGGGUGUUCUUCUUGGAUAAUGACUUUUUGCAACCCACGCCCGCCGGCGCCGACACACCCGCCAUGAAGAGGUUCGCCGCAGCCUGCCCAGAGGGCCGAGUGGAGGACGGCGUCGCCCUCCAAAUGGCAGGAGCGCACAAGGGUCCCAGAAUACUGAAGUCGCACUUGCAGCUUGAACUACUAAACCCUGAUCUUUUGAACACUUGCAAGGUCGUGUACAUGGCUCGGAACCCCAAGGACGUCUGUGUCUCCUACUUCCACCACUGCAGGAAGAACACGAAGAAGAUCUUCCAAGGUGAAUUUCCUGACUUUGCGGAAACUUUCAUGGACAAUAAACUGCUCUUCGCUCCUUACUGGGACCACGUGCGACAGGUGUGGCUGCGAAGGGGACACGAAAACCUCCACUUCAUGUUCUUCGAGCACAUGAAGAGGGAUGUUUUCGGGGAGCUAAGGAGGCUGGCGACCUUCUUGGAAGCGGAUCUCAGCGACGAAGAUGUCCAGAGGGUCGCGGACCACUGCAGCUUCGGGAGGAUGAAGGAGCGGGAGGCCAGGCAGAGCCAAGGACGCGGCCCCUCUACGGGCGUCCCGGCUUCUUCCACAAGGGCGAAGUCGGAGGCUGGAAGGACGUCGCCUCUCAGGAUCUGAACGACCGUUUUGAUAAUUGGAUAUUGGAUAAUAACUGCGGCAUCGAUAUUCCUUUUGUAUAUGAAUGAUGAUCCGUUGCGUUUAAAUUGUUCGGUUUGGUAUUUGGUUUACCUGUAUUUUGAAUGGAGAGUUUUAUUCAGUGUUUUGAUCGCUGUUAAGUUCGUUCCUCAGAAAAGAGAGAGAGUGUUUGUUUCGGGAAUAUUUCGUGAAUGCAAAAACAAGGGUUAAGAAAUUAUAUAGGAGUUACCCUCAUAAUAAGAUAGGAAAGAAGAAAAUGCUCCCAGUGUCUCAUUUAAGAAAACGAUGAUUUUAGGACUAACUAUCAUAACAUUCCUCAUUCUCAAAACUACCGUAGAAAAUCAAAAGCAAAUUCCCAAAGCUUAUUUACUUUAUUUAAUGUCCUUUUUCCUCCGAUAUUUCUACAAUAGCCUUAAGGAAAAUUUAUGCAUUUCUGGCUGUUAUCAUUAAUCCUUAUGUAUAUAUAUAUAUGUUUAAGUGCUUAUUUAUUCUUAUUUGUAUAAUCUAAUUAUUUAGCAAAUUAUUUAAUCUUUCAUUUAGGCAUCGUUUAUUUCUAAUCAUCUAGAUAGAUGAUUUACGUAUAUGGAAGUUGUUCAGCUUUUCAUUUUGUUACGUAAAUGGAGAAUGGAUAUUGUCAUGUACUAAUGAAUAUAGAUACGAGGUUUAAUUUACAGGUAACAUUUGCUUCACAUAAAUCAGUCUUAUCAGACAUCUCUCUCCUUUUCGUCUCUCUCUCUCUCUCUCUCUCUCUCUCUCUCUCUCUCUCUCUCU